CUUUCUCCACAACAUCAUCAUCCGUGAUUCCAAGGCAAAUGGGACCAAUGUCUCGUCCUCUGUGCUGGAUCAUGACCAUCUCACAUAGCUCAGGCUGGCGCGAAUCAAUCUUCUCAAUUGCGCAAACCCCCUUUUUCUAGUGUGCGACCGUCUAAUUUGCCGAGGUGCCAACAGCACGGCUAUCACUUGCUAACAGCUCGGUGCUCUGUCUAGCUCAUACUUACAAGUGCCAGUCUUGUCUACUACCCUCGGUCGCAAUUGCCGCGACGGCAAAAAAUGGCCUCGGAAGUGCUGCCACAGGACUUCAAAAUCAUAUCGUCUCUACGCUACGAUCCUGCUCUUUCAACGAUAGGCAAGCGGGCAGCGGCUAGAACAACACCCGAUCCAUUGACCACACCGUAUUAUCUCCUCCCUUACCACCAAGAACGCCUUCGAAAUGCAGCGGCAUGUUUCGGCUGGGGAAAAGCUCUCGCCUUCCUGAAACAAGACACGAAUCAGUUCGUCGAGUUUCUUAACACCUUCAUUCCGGACAACACCAAGCCAUGGCGCCUCCGAAUUCUCCUCGAUAGCACGGGCACUUGCGAGGUUGAGGUCAACCCGACGACGUCAAUGAAUCCGCUGAAUUAUCUAACUCCAACCGAAACGAACCUUCAGUCCACUGCCUGGCGUGUAUACAUCGAUUCCGAACGCAUAUCCCCAUCCGUUUUCACCACACACAAGACUACGGCUCGCGACUUCUACACAGCUGCACGACUCCGAUCGGGAAUAGUUUCUUUUGUAGAGCCUGCGGAAGUUCUUCUGGUAAACCCGGCGGGUGAGAUCAUGGAAGGAAGCAUUACAACACCAUACUUCAGGCGACGAGAUACGAGGGACGGGGAGGGAAAGCCAGCUUGGAUUACACCGCCGCUUUCCAGCGGUGGCAAUGCGGGUACAACGAGGCAAUAUGCUUUAGCACAGGGAUUCUGCGCCGAGGAUACAAUUGCAGCUACUGACCUAGUGGAUGGCGAGGAGUGCUGGCUCAGCAAUGGUGUCCGAGGUUUCAUCCGCGGUCAGAUUAGCAUAAAUAGUACAGGCAGAGCACUGUUGAAUUAUGCUAGUCCAAAAAGCUUGGCUGUCAUGGCUCCUCCGUUUCGUCACAACUCGGCACUAGUAGUAGUUAUGAAAACCGGGAGGACUACUAAGUACUACACGAUGAUUGGCCAGUCGGGAGACAAUCAGAUGAUGCACCGGCCCAUCCCCGCAUUACCAAACAGGCUUAGCGGCGAGCGGCCAGAAGCUGACAGAAAUUCUUCCCACAUCCCCAACGCCACCCUUUGGUGUAACUUCCUCAUUUCAAUUAUCCGAUCCACUCUGUAUGCAUCAUUCGCAAUUAUGAAAUUCUUCGAGAAUGUCUUCACCUACGACUAUUCCUUCCCGGCCGUGUCGCUGGCCUACUUCCUUCGCUAUCCCAACCCGUAUUCUCGCCAUGUGCUGACCACCGAUGUCAUUGACCGUUAUGUCGAUCCGACGACUCAGCGUCUCCACACCACUCGCCUCCUCCUCAAGAAAUCCAAGGUUCCCUCGGGAAUCCUCAAACUCCUCCCCAAGGGGAUUGGCGGCUCAGACAAUUCUGGCCAGAGCUAUAUCCUCGAAACGACUGUUGUGGACGCCAAAGAGGGCUGGAUGCAGACGGAAUCUCGUAACAUGGAAUGGACUGGGAUAUUGAGCGUGGUCGAGAAGCAAUUCUACCAGCGUCAGCCCGAAGGUCCGCUCGGCACUCUGGAAGGGCUUUCCCUCGACGACAAGAAAAGCGAGCAGACUACGGUGCGCACUACAGUCACUUUCCGCUCUAAAUUCGGACAAGGAAAACUGCUAGGCAGAAGGAAGACGGAGCCGAGUAGCGAUCACACCGGGGAUUACGAAGAAGAAGCUCCCAAAAGAGGCCUUUUCACCUCCCUGUCCACUGCGGGAAUCCAACGCACGAUUGAGCUGAUUGGAUUGAACCGCACGCGGGAUGCCGUGCUCAAGAGUAAGCAGGGUAUGAACGUGGUCCUUGAGCGCUUGCGCAAUGGCGGUAUCGUAGGUGUUCUCGAAGGGAUGCGUCAAGAUCGGGAAGCAGCGUUCGGGCCUGAGGGCGGUCCCUGGAAGCGAGUUUGGCUAUCCGGCCAUGGGCACGCGUCUAUUCAAGAUGACGACAAUUGAUUCUGAACUUCUCAUCGAACUGGAGAAAAGGCGACCAACACGGGAAAUAUAUGUGCGACAUUCAAGCGUGGAGCUCUGGCGUUUUGGGGGACUCUCAUUUCUUUCUUGCUUUUGACGGACAAUCUCCUACCCUUCUGAAACUUUUCUUUUCAUUUCAUUCAGGGUCAUACUCUGAAAAAAUUUCUGACUAUUUUGACACCUGCAUAUUAUCUCACCAUGUAUACAACGAGAAACGUCACGGAUCAAAACCUUGUGUAUAUUAGGAAAGGGCGGCCAGUCGGAUACUCUUGCUGAAUUCGGUUGCACCUCUGUACAAUAUCGAUGCAAUUCACAUUCACUUCUUUCACUUGCUUCUAUUUCCUGUAGUUGC